AUGUUUGUUAUAUCUGUAAGCGCAAUGUUUGACAAAAUGACACUAGGAACUACUCUGUUAUGCACCAUAAGGUUAUACCUCCAAUCUCCUCUGACCUUAAUAAAGUGUCCAGCCCGACAGUUGUCAAUGUCAAUGAAUGUGGGCGGCAGUGGAGGCAGAUUUGCAAGCUUGUCUUCGAGGCACAGACCAAGUGUUAUAGAGGUAACUAGCCCUCCAAUGCAGAAAGACGUAGACCCUCUUGCACACAAAGACUGUAUAUGCGACAAGAGGAACGUGCUGGCAUUGAUCUUAUGGUUAGGAGUGAAGGUACAAUGCAGGAGGAACACUUCUUUAGAAUUAACCUUGUUGUUGUUGAUCCUCCCAAAAAUAAUGUUGGAGAUGACGCGGUGA